AGCUGGUGCAGCCGAGGACGUUACUUUGUUACAGCGGAGCUACCGGGGAGAAAACGGCGGAGCCAAAUCUCUCGGAAAAGUGUAAACAGUUGGGGGGAAACGGCGCAACCAAACGCCUGUUGCCGGGAUUUGGCGAUGGCGGCUGUUGUGUGAACUUGCCAGCGGAUUUGAACGUUGUCUUUUCGCCGGAAAAAAAGAGGUCUUUCUCAAAGUUGAGCCGAAGAGGAGUUCUCUGGUUCAGGAUGUCGGACUGAGACAAAGGGGUCUGGGGGGCAUUCCCGUCGGAGCGCAGGUAAAACUUGAUUCUUGAAGUCUCCUCUGGAUGGGAAAGAUGGAGAGGGAGUUACAAUGGUGGAAAGGACAGCUAGCUGCAGAUAUCCAUCAGUCGCUCCGCAUCAAGGAGCUGAAGCUGCCAGUCUACCGAGCCCAUUCUCCGCAGAUUGGCAUGCGGCGGUACUUUGCGGACUUGUUGGCCAUCCUGAGUAAUCGCUACCAGCUAUGUCCGACAGCACGUCACCUAGCCGUCUACCUGCUGGACUUGUUCAUGGACCACUAUGAUGUUGCUGUCAAGCAGCUCUAUGUCAUCGCCCUCUCCUGUCUGCUCCUAGCUAGUAAAUUUGAGGAGAAGGAGGACCGGGUUCCCAAACUGGAGCAGCUGAACUCUCUGGGAUUUAUGUGCAGCCUGAACCUGGUUCUCAACAAGAAGGAUCUGAUCAAAAUGGAGCUUCUGCUGCUCGAGACCUUUGGCUGGAAUCUGUGCAUGCCCACACCCGCCCACUUUAUUGACUACUACCUCCAUGCCUCGGUGCAGGAGGGCGACCUGUACAACGGCUGGCCCCUCUCCUCCCUCUCCAAGACAAAGGCCUUCAUGGACAAAUACACUCACUACUUUCUGGAAGUCUCACUGCAAGACCACGCCUUCCUGAGUUUCCGACCAUCCCAGGUUGCUGCUGCGUGUGUGGCAGCAUCGCGUAUUUGCCUUCAAAUUUCCCCAAGCUGGACGACAGCUCUGCAUCUACUAACAGGCUAUACCUGGGACCACCUCACCCAGUGCAUUGAGCUCAUGCUGCUUGCUCAUGACAAUGACGUCAAGGAGGCCAACAAGACCAAAUCCACUCCUCCUCACCGACCGUCCUCUCUGCAGUCUCAGCCUCAGACCUCUCACCUCUCUCCAGUGUCAACCAUACAGAGACCAGCCUCCUCCUCCUCCUCCUCCACCUCCUCCACACCACAGCUGCUCUUUCAGCCAGAGAGCUUCCCCCACCUCUCCCAGCAUUCCCCGUCCCUGUCCCAGCUGCAGGCGCUAGCUGACUCCCAGGCUUUGGGGCCUGUGGUGAACAUGUCUCAGGACUUCCUUCAGAGCCACAGGAUGGGUCUCCUAACCGGGGCUCCGUCCAUGACUCCCGGGGGUGGGUUCCCCUCCUACCCAAGCCUGACUUCUGGACUCCAGCCUGGGGCUCGUGCGCUGCCGCUCCAGGGCCCCAUUUCUGUACAGAUGGCCCUCGCUGGAGAGCCGCGCCACUGUCUGAGCAUGGCCUACAGCGGGGGCUACCUGGGCGCCCAUCACACUUUCGCAGCGGGCUGCUUUGACAGGUGACGCCAGGAGACGGAGAGGGAACACAAACCCCUGCGGGAGUGCACUGCUAUGCUUCCAACCCAAUUCCCUACCCCGAAAUAUCCUUUUCCAGACCUCCUCUCUCUCUCCGUCAGCUCCGCAACACCUUCAGCUUGUCCAACUCCCCCGUCCCUCACACAGAGAUGCCUCAAACGCAAGCAGAGGUCCAAAGGCAAGACAGACCCGGUGGAAGUCAUCACACUGACGUGACAGAUGCUCCACCACUAUGACAUACUGAGGCAUUGCAAAAUAUUAUUGCCAUAUUUUGAACUGGUUUUAUAAAUCUGUGUUAUUAUGAGACUGUCAUCACUGUGAAUGAGAUGAAAGCAGCAGUGUGAUCCAACACCCACCUCAUUCAGUGCCUGUUCUCAGUUGUGUGAUAGCUGAGCCAAUUUUAGAAGUGCAGAGAACACAAAGUAUCUGUGAUAAGGAUAUCUUGCUGCUUGACAUGAUUUUUUUAAAAUUAACUAAUCCCAAAUAUUGAACACAUUUUAGAGAGGAAAAAAUUGGCUGGUGUUUUUCUUGAGCCACCAUCUGAGAGAGAUAGAAGAAGACAUAGCGAGACCGUCACGUGUGUCUCCUGAGUGUCAGCGAGCAUUGAUCCUGUAGUCUCUGUUUGAGCUGAAGGGCCCCUCUGAGAAUUCCUCACCACAUAAGCCCUCAGAGGGGACGAAGAAUUCCUCGUUUCCAACACAGCAGGUGAAGUCCACAACUGGAACGCGCCCGCAGUGUUUCAUUUUUUUCCUUUCCCCCUCUCGCGUUCCUCGUCAUCUCUUCUCUCCCAUCUCCAAAGUCGAGCCUUGUGGCAGAGCCGUCGCACACCCGGGUGAAAAUGUGUCUCUCUGGCAGCUGCAGGCUUUUGUCAUACUAAAGUUUUAAUCUCAGUGUCUCCGGCACCACUCAAAGAAUUUAACACAAACUGAUGUGACUGGACCAGCAUGGUGAAGGAGACGUGGACGUUGUUAGUGUGUUGUACAUAUGAAUUGCUGCUGCCUUCUUAUGAACUGUCGGUUCUGUGUCUGUGUUAAUGACUCCAAUGUUUACAUAAACCACUAAGUAUCAGGGACUUGAACAAGAUUACUUGAAUAUGAUGCCAUUGAAACAUGCCAUAGCUUUUAUUUAUGACGACUCAUUUACUUUUUUUUAAUUUCAUUUUUGUUUGAUAUAGUUGUAGGUUUUUGUACCAAUGUAGAAACACACCGUUUAUAAUUAUAGUUUUCUUUGUACCUGUUCAUAGAAACUGUUUAUUCAGGCUCAGGUUUCAAGGCUGAAACUAGCAGCCUUCCCACGAUUCUGUGCUGUUAUGCUUUAAAGUGGAUGCUACUGCAGCAUCUGCGGGGGCUGGAAUACUCCCCUUCUUCUUCACUGGACCAUACUCUGCUGACAAGUCAGUAACUGAAUGCAUCAAACCGUCUGUCUGCACUGUGGUGGAACAACCUCGUGGUCACUGGUUUCUCACAACAUCUGUGGGCAGUCGAUGGUAAUUGCUUCCCAGAUUUCUAAAGCUGCAAUCUUCCACUUCCUGUUAACAUAUAAACACAUCCAGAUUCCCGCUGUCGGUCAUAAGGGUUCCCACUGGUUACCAUGGUGAUAACUUAAAUGACCAUGGACCCCGAGUUCCUGGAUGUAGUUGACUAAAUUAGGGAUUAAACAAAUGAUCAUUUUCAUUACUGAUUAAAGAUCCAGUGUGUACAAUUUAGGGGGAUAUAUUGGCAGAAAUAGAAUAUAAAUUAUUGUGAUUCUACCUAUAAUUGGGAGCUCGUCCUUGUCCACAGAGUCCACCAUGUUGCCCAGAAUGUACAAACCAAACAGUGGCUCUAGAUGAGGCUAUUCGCGGCUUCGUUUUUGUGUAGUUAGCAGCCCCUCUGGUGACGAGCAGUGUUGGAAGAACUCAAUUUUUUUUUUUUUAAACAAGAAACUGCUUUAUUCAGUGUUUAUUUUCCAGUUUUUAAUCAGUUUGUUUUGAAGAGGAAGAGACCUCUGCACAUAAUUCAGCUCACGGUAAAAACCUCCUAUAUGUUAUCGGAUAAAAAAAGGUGAGCACACGUUAACAGGUGCUGUGCUAGCAGCCCGUCUGCGACAUGGUAAAAACUGUCAGAGAAACACUGAUUAGUAACAUGAAACUGGUUGAUUCAGGGUUUUUUACUGGUUUUAGUCAUCUGGUCUGUUUGUUUUUGAGAGGAAGAGACCCUUGCUGAUAACUCUGCUCCUGGUAAAAACCUCCUGAACACUGAAGGAAUCCUAACUAGGGGAAGUUUCAGCUGGUUGCAGUCUGCAAUCCUCACCACUAGAUGUCACUAAAUCCCCCUAAAUCUUACACACUGGACCUUUGAGGUGUUGAUAAUUUUCUCUUUUUGUGAUAUCUAGAAAUAAAAAGCCAGAAAAUAGUUAACAGUGCCCGUCAUAAUUUCCCUCAGCUCAUGUGAUAUAUUCAGAUUGGCUUUUUAUAUUUGACCAGCAAUCCAAAAGCUAAAAAUAUUCAGUUCGGUAUCACUUACGACAAAGACUAUCAUCAAAGUCUCACAUUACAGAAUCUCAAAUGAGGGAGUUUUUUUGGGGGCAUUUUUGCUUGAUAAAUGAUUAAAACCACAACUUACUACACUGAUCCUUGCAGCUCUCCUGUGGACCCCAACUUCUGGCAUCAUGGUGACUGGAUUGAAACUAUUUUGCUGUGGCCUUGUUGUGCCUUGUCCAUAGCAGCUGCCGUGCUUGAGCUGUGAAGCCUAAAUUCAUAGUCGGACAUGUGCGUUUCAGAUAACACUUCACGAAGCCUUCUGAAACUGCAGCUAUUGUAAUCAACGAUCAUUAAACAGCUAGAUUUCUGUUUGUUUUCCCACCACUGAAAAGGACAUGCCAGUGUGUUUUUUAGUGACGUGAGCUAAGAUACUAUGCCUUUGUUUGAACUUUUUGUGUACAGUUUUGUUAUAUUUUUUACAUUCCUAUUCAGUGUAUUUUAGUUAAAGCUUUUUGUGAUUCUCCUAAAUAUUUGUUUUUGCUUUUUUUUUUUUUUAAAGAGUUCAACUAGCUUUUUUUCUUCAUAAUUCAUGAGCAACUUCUCACUGAGGUGUCAAAGGUGCAAUAUGUUGUUUUUUUCUGUUAAAACUGACCACAGCCAUCACUGUCUCGUGUACACCACUGGUUCAUCUUUUGUAACUUAUUUUUGAUAAUUGUGUGAUUUGACUUGCUGUAGCUCAGCCUCCUCUAGAGGGCAGUGGGCUACGAACACAAUGAAUAUGUUGCAUAUUGCAGCCACCUCCUCUGAGUGAUAGAUAUUACUGAAUGCUUUUGUCUUUUAGCUAGAGGUGCAUUUCUCCCCUCCCGUGAAAGGUGCUGAUGUCACUCACACCAAACAACACUUGUCUAAUGUGAUAGUAAUGGAAACACAAACACCACAAACUUCCAAUUUAUAUUUUUGUAUUAUUUUGUACCGAUUUGUAGUCUUGGUCUGUGUGACACCGAAUGGUAGAAGAAAUUCUUUUAUCAUGAUGUGCCGCAGAAAAAUAAACACACAAAUGAACUGGGUUUUUGAGGGGUGUGUUUCUUCUGAGGAAGCAUGACUGAAGUGCCUGCAGCUUUUAGGGAAACUAUGGUUUCCACUGAAUUGCUCCAGUUGGUUCAGAGAGAAGACAAUGCAGAUGCUCCAGUGAUAAGCCCAGCAGGCUUUACACACUGUCCUCCAGCUGUGACCAUGUCAUUCAUUAAAACAAUGUAAUACUAAACCACACUAAAGCCAGUGGUGAACUUUAACUGAGUACAGUUACUCAAGCUCUGGACUUAAAGGUCCAGUGUGUAGGAUUUAAAGGGAUACGUUGGCCGGAAUGGAAUAUAAUAUUUAUACAUAAUUAUGCUUUCUUCAAUUGUUGUGUUUUCGUUAUCUUAGAAUGAGCCGUUUAUAUCUACUUACAGAGUGGGUCCUCGUCUACGGAGAUCACCAUGUUAAUCUACAGCAGCCCAGAACAGAUAAACCAAACACCGGCUCUAGAUAAGGCUAUUCAUGUUUGCGUGUCACCCACUGCAGUUCUCUGUCACGCCUGGCAAAGUUUUACUUGGUUGCAAUCUGCAAGUCUUCCAGCUAGAUGCCACUAAAUCCUACACACUAGACCUUUAAAUACCAGCAUCUCCUUGUUCUUCUGCUUUAUACCUUCUCUGCUACAUUUCAGAGGUCAUACUUUUACUCCUCUACAUUCACAACAGCUGUGGUUACUUUGCAGAUUAAAUGUGAUAUAUAAAACACAGGAGGGGCUUUAAAAUGUGAUUUAUUUCUCCAGCAGUAUAUCAGGUUGCUAAACCUAACUUCACCUGCACCAGCUACAGAAGUAACAUCUUUAUGACAA